AUGAAGCAUAAUUUCCAGGUUAUUUGUACAAGCACCCUACCGUACGAGAUAAAGAUCGUGAUAGCAGGAAACCACGAGCUGACGUUCGAUCAGGAGUUCAUGGCCGAUCUGAUCAAGCAGGACUUCUACUACUUUCCCUCCGCCUCCAAGCUGAAGCCCGAGAACUAUGAGAACGUGCAGUCGCUGCUCACCAACUGCAUCUACCUGCAGGACUCUGACGUUACCGUCAGAGGUUUCCGCAUCUACGGCUCACCGUGGCAGCCGUGGUACUACGGCUGGGGUUUCAAUCUUCCUCGAGGGCAAGCGCUGCUGGACAAGUGGAACCAGAUCCCCGACUCCACUGACAUUCUGCUCACACACUGCCCUCCUCUGGGUUUUCUAGACUGGGUGCCGAGGAAAAUGCAGCGUGUUGGCUGCAUGGAGCUGCUGAACACGGUGCAGAGAAGAGUCCAACCCAAAUUACAUGUCUUUGGACACAUACACGAAGGUUAUGGCAUGAUGACGGAUGGAACCACUACAUUUAUUAAUGCCUCCGCCUGCACAGUCAACUUUCAGCCCAUGAACCCGCCCAUCGUCUUUGACCUGCCCAAUCCCAGGAGCUCGUGA